AUGCAUCACAAACUCGGGUUAUUUGCUUCGCUUGCUCUCACUUUUUCAUUGAAUCUCGCCCAGGAAAUUGAGUUCUUCGACUGGGACGCGGUUCAACCAUCCGACACGCUUGACUGGGGCCAGUGCUACACAGAUUUUCAAUGCGCUCGCUUCAAUGUACCCCUCAAUUACAGCGAUGAAAGCGUCGGAUCUGCUGUCCUCGCGAUGAUCCGUCUUCCUUCCAACCUAUCAUCCAACGAUCCAAAUUACCGGGGGCCUAUCCUGUUCAAUCCCGGUGGACCUGGUGGAAGUGGGGUCGACGCCCUGGUUGGUUUUGGGAAGGAUGCACUGAGUAGCUUGGUAGGCCCAGAGUUUGACUUUGUUAGCUUUGAUCCCCGAGGUGUGGGACGUACCACCCCCCAAGUAGAUUUGUUCUCCUCUGAGAACGAAAAAGCCUUGUGGAAUCUCAACAAUCCUGAUCUCAACAGCCUCAACGGAACUGGCAUUGUUGACGCAAUUCCUCGGUUGUGGGCUCAGUUCCAAAUAUUGGGCCAGCUUGUUGAAGACCACGAUACUUCGAUCAGUUUGGCACAUCUGACUACCGAUAAUGUGGCUCGCGAUAUGUUGCGGAUCGUUGAAGCUCAUAAUCGGACGAAGAUAAUUUACUAUGGGGUUUCAUACGGCACGGCACUUGGGGCGACGUUUGCAGCUAUGUUUCCGGAUCGCAUCGAACGGAUGAUCUUGGAUGGCGUUCUAGACGCCUCCAGUUAUUACUCUGGCGACUGGUCUGCGCAGUUUACUGACGCUGAUAAAUCCCUUCAACUUUUCUUUGAUGGAUGUUUCGAAGUCGGUUCUGAUAAAUGUCCAUUCCACGACUCCUCACCUGAAAAGAUAAAACAAAACGUUCUCGAUCUUCUCGAAUCAGUGCGGUUAAAACCUGUCCCAGUAUACGAAGGUCCAACCAGCCCCUACGGAAUCAUCGACUACGCCGGUCUGAAGACGGCGCUUCAAGUAGCUACUCGACAACCAUAUCUCGGUGCCACUAGCUUCCUUCGCUUAGCGCAAGGCCUUGCAGAUUUACAAAGGGCCGGAAAUGGUUCAAUUAUCUUUUCUUUCUUGGGACAGGAAGUGUACGGUCGUUACACAAACAUAUCCGCUCUGAAUGCUCCAGCCAGUAUUGAACGCGAGCGCGAGGCAGUAAUAGCUAUUUCUUGCACUGACAUGCAAGAGAUCACAGAUAAACCUGCUGAUCUCUUUGCGUACUUUGAGCGCGUCAAGGGGAUCUCGAUGUUCGUUGACACCUUGUUGCCCAUCAGAACGCGUUGUUCGGGAUGGAAGAUCCAUCCAGAUCAUUUUACGGGGCCGAUUACUGCAAACACGAGUUUCCCUAUCCUUUUCAUCGGUAAUACUGCAGACCCUGUUACCCCGCUUGCUUCUGCGAAGGCGAUGUCUGCAAAGUUCCCUGGUUCCGUAGUCUUUGCUCAGGACUCUGGAGGCCACACCUCUCUCGCCGCUCCGUCUGCGUGUACUGUCGGUCGAAUGCGAGAGUACCUUUUGUCUGGACGUCUUCCUGAAGCAGAUAGUGUGUGUCCCAUCGAUGUGAAGUUGUUUGAAGCGCCACAGUCUGCUGUUAUUCCCGUGCGGAGAAGUUUGGUCGCGCGUGGACUCUUUUGA